AUGGGCUUCCUCGGGUGUGUCUUUAACAUCGGAGAGUGUCCUUUCAGGCUCCCACUUCGCAAGACAGCACAGGACAGAAGCAGACUGUUGGACAGCUUCAGACUGGUCAUCCAGUGAUCUGGUCACAUGGAUCUUGAGUCAGACUAUCCUAGCCACCUGGAGCUCCGUCAAUACCUGGGGAACUUCUCAGCACACAGGAAUUUGCCGGUCUUCACGAUCUCCAAGAAUGGCAUCAAUGCUGAGAUGGGGCGACCACUCCCCAGGACUCAGACGUCUGCGGACCACUUGGCGCCUGGCCAUUACCCGGUGGAGCGCGACUUUCCGACCACGGCGCGUAGAUACGAGGAGAUCCCAUCAGGAUGGUUGACCAGGAGCGCCCGGGUGAAGCACGUCUUCAUGCCCUUCGAGGAUCGCGACAAGAUCUGGCAGCGGAACUUGCCCGGGGUGAAAAACCCUGGACCUGGGCACUACUACCACCAUGGGCUCAGCUAUGAACAGGGCCUUCGUUCUUCAGAGCACACGACGCCUGAGUGGUCCAUUAAAGCGAGCAAGGAGACAGGCGGCCGGCCAUUGCCCCGCGAGAAAACCGCCGCAGACCACUUGGGACCUGGUCUUUAUCAGUUGCCCAACCGCUUUUCCGAGAUCAGCUGGCGAACCAACAAGAUCUUGGACAAGGCGGCCAGGACCAGCCGAGAGACUUGGGCUGGGCCACAGUAUAGCCAAGUCUUCCAGCGGAUCAAACCCGGUGAGAAGGGGCUCUCCAAGGCAUCGAGCUUCUCGACACGCUCGUGACAGGGCGUCCGGGGCGCUCGCGGCGCACAGCACAGCACCGGGUUCCCAAAGGGAACGUGCGGUGGCCGCCCUCCGGGGGUCGAGUGGUGAGUUGAGAUCUUUGAUGUGUUGAG